GGCAGGGCCGGGGCGCGCCGGCUGGCGCCGCAGGAGGCGAGCGAGGGGUUAAGCUCAGCCCGGCUCCCGGCGCUGAAUAUUUAAGAGCCGCGCGCAGGCUGCAGCGCAGCCCCGGCUCCCCUCGCGCAGCCCCGGCUCCCCUCGCGCCCCGGACCGCGGAGCCGCAGAGCGCGGGGUGGCCCCGGGCAGCAGCCGGCCGGAGGAUGCCGCGCCUGGCGCUAACUUUCCUGGCUCUGCCGCUGGUGCUCCGCGCCGCCCCGGGAGUUCCCUGGUGCUACGAUUCACAGAAUCCCAAAUGUGGCCCCAGGUACUGGAAGGAUCUGGCAAAAGGCUGCGGGGGAGAUAACCAGUCGCCCAUUAACAUUGACAGGCGCAAAGUGCAAAGGGACAGGAACCUAGGAGACAUCCUCUUUGAGGGCUACGACCAGGCCCCGCCGGGCAAGUGGAAGCUCAUGAAUAACGGGCACACGGCAAUGAUGAGUCUGGAAGGCGAGUCUGUGAGCGAACAUAUCAAUAUCACCAUUGGGGUUCUUCUUGAGAAGUACCGAGCCCUGCAGUUCCACUUCCACUGGGGGAACCUCAAGGGGAACGGCUCAGAGCAUACCAUUGAUGGAGACCAGUUCCCCAUGGAGCUGCACGUUGUUCACAUGAACACCAAGUACAAAACCUUCAGCGAGGCCAAAGGGCAUCCGAAUGGGCUGGCUGUCUUGGGCUUCUUGUACAAGGUGUCGGAUGCUGAUAACUCCAAUUACAACACGAUUGUAGCUGGCCUGAAGAACAUUUCCCGUCAAGGGGAUUCUGUGGAUUUAGCAUCCACAUUUUGCUUGAACAACCUUCUUCCCAGCAUGGCCAAUCUGUCCAAGUACUACCGCUAUCAGGGCUCCCUGACCACCCCGGACUGCGCAGAGGUUGUCGUCUGGACACUGUUUGAGGAGCCCAUCCCUAUCAGCCAGUCUCAGCUGAAUGCAUUUGUCAACACAGUUCACUUCCCAGCCACUGGCACGUCUCUGAUGAAAAUGACCAACAACUUUCGACCGCCACAGCCUCUCAAGAACCGAAAAGUCUACGCGUCCAAAGAUGCCACGAUCAGCUGCAGUGCCAUGCCCAGUGUCAGCCUCCUGCUCCUUCCUCUGCUCUUGGCUCUCCAGAUUGUCCACUUCUCAGGCCCCUCCUAAAAGCCCCUCUCCCGACUCCCUCCCUUCUUUGUCAUGAAUGGUUUGUGAUUAUUUUAUGAUUUCUUCAAAUUAGUGCUUCCACACUGUGAUCAUUUUCUAGCCACAGGACUGAAAAUGAUGAAUGAAAUGAAAGCAGAUUGGCAGGGGGUACAUAAGAAUGGCCGUACUGGGCGGGACCAAAGGUCCAGUAUCCUGUCUUCUAACAGUGGCCAAUGCCAGAUGCCUCAGAGGGAAUGAACAGAAUAGGCAAGUCUCGAGUGAUCCAUCCCCUGUCGUCCAGUCCCAAGCUCUGGUAGUCAGAGCCUCAGGGACACUCAGAGCAGGGGGGUUGCAUCCCUGACCAUCUUGGCUUAUAACCAUUGAUGGACCUAUUCUCUGUGAAUGUCUCGAAUUCUUUUUUGAGCCCAGUGAUCCUUUUGGCCUUCACAACACCCCCUGGCAACGAAUUCCACAGGUUGACUGUGCGUUGUCUGAAGAAGUACUUCCUUUGGUCUGUUUUAAACCUGCCGCCUAUUAAUUGGAUUGGGUGACCCUUGGUUCCUGUGUUGUGAAGGAGUAAAUAACAAUUUCUUCUUCACUUUCUCCGCACCCCUCAAGAUUUUAUAGACCUUGAUCACAUCUCCCCUUAGCGGACUCUAUUCUAAGCUGAACAGUUCCAGUCUUUUUGUACCUCCUCAUAUGGAAGCUGUUCCAUCCCCCUGAUUAUUUCUGUUACCAGUCUCUGUAGCUUUUCCAAUUCUAAUAAAUCAAUUUGGAGAUGGGGUGACCAGAUCUGCAUACAGUAUUCCAGGUAUGAGCAUACCACAGAUUUAUCAAGUGGCAUUAUGAUAUUUUCUGUGUUAUCAUCUAUCCCUUUCCUAAUGAUUCUUAACAUUCUGUUCGCUUUUUUUGGCUGCCACUGCACAUUGCACAGAUAUGUUCGGAGAACUAUCCACGAAGACUACAAGAUCUCUUGCUUGAGUGGCAACAGCUAAUUUACACCCCAUUGUUUUGUAUGUGUAGUUGGGAUUAUGUUUUCCAAUGUGCAUUACUUUGCAGUUAUCAACAUUGAAUGUCAUCUGCCAUUUUGUUGCCCUGUCACUUGGUUUUUCAAGAUCCCUUUGUAUCGCGUCACCGUCUGCUUUGCGCUUAACUGUCUUGAAUAUUUUUGUAUCGUCUGCAAACUUUGCCACUUCGCUGUUUACCUCUUUUUCCAGAUCAUUUAUGAGUAUGUUGAAAAAGCACUGGUCCCGGCACAGAUUCUUGGGGGGACCCAGCUAUUUACCUCUCUCCACUGUGAAAACUGACUUUAGUCCUACCCUUUGUUUCCAUCCCUUUAAUCGGUUACUGAUCCAUGAGAGGACCUUCUCUCUUAUCCCAUGACAGUCUACUUCGCUUAAGAGCCAAUGGUGAGGGACCAAAGGAGAAGGAAUGUUCAUUGCUAGUUUAAAAAAUAAUAACUAAGACCUGGAUUCUGCCAAGACUUUCACUUAACUUUAAGCACAUGAGACCUCCCAUUAACUCUCCCAUUCCUCACAUGCUUAAAGUUGAGCACUGGUGUUGCAGGACUGGAUCCUUACAUCCAGUAAUGGCAUAUUUACAAAUGUGACCCCUUUGGUUUUGCCAGCUGUGCUAUACUUGGAGUGAUGGAUGAUAUGACACACACAGUGCUUUCUAUUGAAUGAGAAGAAAUGUUUAAAUGAUGUCAAAAUGCAAUUGUAAUAAAUCUAGGGUUCUUACA